ACGAAAUGCAUUGAGAAAAAAUUAAAAUAUAAAAAAAAACUAUUUUCUAUUAUCAAAAUUUUUGAACAAAAUCGAAUUGUAACUUAAAACAUUAAAAAAAAUAUUAGAAAACGAAAUAAAUUCACAUUUUUUUUUUUCACAUACCAACAAAUUUAUUUUAACAAAAAAAAAAAAAACAAUGCAAAAUUUUGUGAAAAUUUCCAUUAAUAUUUUACUUACCUUUUGCCUGUGGAACAAUUAUUAUUGUGUUUUGUGUGAAAAUAAUGUGAAUUGUGGAGGGACAUUUUCCGGUUAUCAAUACACAAUUAAUAGUCCAAAUUAUCCCAAUGAAUAUCCAAUGAAUCAAAAUUGUCAAUAUUAUUUACAUGGAAUGAGACAAGCACGUUGUGAACAAGAAUUUCAUUUACAAUUUCUCGAUUUGGAUAUUAGAGCCUCGGAAAAAUGUGAAAAAGAUUAUCUUCAAAUAGGCGAAUCGAAUAUUUACUGUGGAAAAAAUGCGGGACUAAGAAUUUUUAAGGGACAAAAGAAUGUGUUAAAAAUUCAUUUUCAUUCAGGAUUAGAAAAAAUUGGAGCCAAAGGAUUUCGAAUUUUAGUUACAACUUUGCCAUGUGUCAAUACACAACAUAAACAAAAUGUCACUUCCACACAUCGACAAGUGGCAUCGCGACAAAUAACACCAAGUGGAAAAAUUGAGACAUCAUAUACAAAUUCACAUAACGAUACAAAAAAUGAUAAAAAUUUAAACUUUCAAAAAUCGAAAUCACCACUUUUGAAUCAUAAGCAAUUAAUGGUUGAAACACUUUCGCCAGUUUAUCGGUCGCAGGUGAAAUUUCCCGGAGAAAAUAAUUUUUCUAGACCACUAACAUCAGAGAGAAAACAACUUGGUCCAUUGACAUAUCUUUUUUUACCACCCACAUCAAAUAGUAUGAAAAUUUCGUAUUCGUCGAGAAAUUUGACAAAUUCUCAAUUACCAACUAUGAAACCCGUGGAAAAUUUUUCACUACCAAUUUUUCCAAAUAUUCCAUUUCGCGUGUCACAAACUUCUGAUAAAUCAUCAAGUGCAUUGAAAAUGGAAAAUUAUUCACCAGAACGAAAUUAUCAAACUAAUUUUCCCAGUAGAAUUCACGGUUUGAAUUACGGGAAUGAAAACCAAGUUAGUUUCGAAGCAAAUUCAGGACAAUUUUCAGAAUUUGGUUCAGGAAUUAAUUUUGCAAAAUCAAAUUUUGACUUUGGGAACUCUAAACCACUAUUUGCUCCCGAUUAUAAUUUUGGAACCAGUUCGGUAUUAAAUUCGGGCAUUGGUUGGGGAACGGGAAUUACACGGCCGAAUUCAGCUCAAAAUCCAGGAAUUGGAAAUUUUGGACCUGUAAAUGAUUUAGAAAAUGGUUCAGGAAUAGAAUCAGGUUCAGGAUUUGGAAAUGCGAAUUCGGGAUCAAAUUCAGGAGUCGGAUACUCUGAUUCGGGAAUUGGUUUAGAAAAUAAUUUUGAAGUUGAAUCAGAUUUUAGUACAAAUAAUAAUAAUAAUAAUAAUUGGGAAACAAGUUCAGGAACCUUUCCAGGAAUCGGUACGCAACCAAGUUCAGGAUCAAAUUCGGGAAUUGAUUCGAAAUUUAAUUUCGGAUUAAAUUCAGGUGUUGGUCAUACUGGACCGGAAAUUGAAUCAGGAAUCGGUUCAGGUAUCUAUUCGGUGAAAGGUCAUGGAUCGAAUUUUAGAUUUGGAUCAGGAAUCUAUUCGGAAAGUGGUCACGGAUCUAAUUUGGGAAGUGGUUCUGGAAUAUAUUCAGGAAUCGGUUACGGAUCGAAUGCAGCAACUGGUUCGGGAAUAUUUUUAGGGACUGGUUCCGGUGUUGGUUAUGGAUCAGAUUUGGGUGUCAGUUAUGAUGGACCUGGAUUUGAAGCAGGAAUUGGUCCGGAAAAAAUUCCAGAUAUUGAUUCGAUAUUAGGUUCAGGAAUUGAUCCUAAUUAUCCAGCCUGGUCCCAACCAGCAUCUGAAUGUUGUAAAUCCAGUAUUCCUACUCAAAGAUCCAUAAUCGUGAGUCCAGGAUUUCCGAAUUUGAUUUUUUCAUCCGCUCCAUAUGAAUGUGGUUACACAAUAUAUAAAUCGUCUCCCGCAUCGUGUCAAUUGAGAUUGUAUUUGAAAUUCUUCAAUUUUGGCAUCGAUGAUCCAUUUUGUAGAUACGGUUCUUUGUCAAUUAACGGUAGACGAAUUUGUGGUUGUAAAACAAAUUUAAAUCUUGUUUUUCCUUUUGGCAAUUUCCCAGCGAUUGUGAUUAAUGUGGAAUAUCAGGGUUUUCCAAAGUCGAAAUUUAAUGGAUUUUUGAUUGAAUUGAUUCAGGAGAAUUGUGACAAUGAUUUUCCAUUGAUUCGAAAUCGAAAAGAUUUAUCUGCAUCAUUAUUAUCAUUGAAUGAGACAUUUGUGGGUGAAUUGAAACAUGAAUUUGGAAAUUUGUCGAGAUCGAUAAAUUCACAUGCAAGAAAUAAAAGAGAGACUAAGGAGGAGGAGGGAUAUUUCUAUGCGAGACCAUCAUCGUCAUUGUCAUCGGAGACGGGUCACGCGAGUUUCAAUGCUAAACAUUCGUCGGCAUUUGGUCGAAGUGAGAGACUUUUUUUCAACUCGUGUCAAAAUCGUGUUUUUCUUGAUUGGAUUUUGGCAGCGAAAGAGGCAUUUAUCACUGGUGUCAGAUGUCCUGAUUUGAGAAAUUCUAGACAUUUGAUAAACGUCAUUCCCAAGGAAUGGAAUAGAUAUCCGGGAACUUGUGAGGAAAUACCAGCAAUUGAGGGAGUCAUUUUUUCACCUUUAUAUCCGAAUUAUUAUCCAAAUUUUGUUAGGAAAUGUUACAGAUUUCACAGAGCCCCGGGAUUUUGUCAGUUGGAGGUUUCAAUUUUAGAUUUUAAUUUGGAGGCAAGUUUGGGAUGUGCUAAUGAUUUUUUAGUGUUCAGCGGACAAAAUAAACGAUAUUGUGGAGACUCUUUACUGGGAACGACAACUGUUUUCGAUCUUUCACGAUCAAAAGUAGCAGAAAUUUAUUUUAAAACAGACGCAGUCGGAAGUGGAAGAGGAUUUAUCGCUGGUUUUGUACAAAAAGCUUGUUAAUUGUCAAUGGAUUUUUUAUAAUAAAAUUUUUAUAAUUUCACAA